AGGUAGGUAGGCAGGUUGUUUCUCUUCUCUAUGCUCUUCUAUCUCACUCAUUCAUCCAUUCAAUCAUUCACCUCCUCUCUCUGCACCAUUGUUAUGUAAUGUGAUUGUUUCAAUUGCAGGCUGAGGGCGUGAAUCGUGAUCCUUUGGAAGGAAGCACACUACACAGGGCAAGCAUGCCAACAUCGUGGGCUGAUUUGGCUGCAAAUUCCGCCUCUGAAAAUGCGGGAACAUCCAACUCCACAGCUCUGACGCGGCCUGUUUAUGUGCCUCCGCAUCUGAGAAACCGUGUAGCAUCAGCAUCAGCAUCAACGGAAUCCCCCCUGCUCCGCCCAAUGUGAGUUCUAAUAAUAAUGUCGGAUCACGGUGGGGUGCGCCCAAAAACGGUUGGGAGAACAGAACCGGUGGUUGGGAUCGGCGGGAAGUGAACCCCUUCGAAGAUCAGAAGGAUGCAGCUGAAGAGGAAGCAGCAACUUCUAGCGAGGAGCAGGGAAACAUGGGAAUUAAUUUUGAUGCUUACGAGGACAUUCCCGUUGAGACGAGUGGUGAAAACGUGCCCCCACCUGUGAAUACUUUUGCGGAGAUUGACUUGGGCGAUGCUCUUAAUCAGAACAUUAGACGCUGCAAAUAUGUUAAACCAACGUCGGUCCAGCGGCAUGCCAUACCCAUAUCCCUUGGCGGGCGGGAUUUGAUGGCUUGUGCUCAGACUGGUUCCGGAAAGACUGCAGCAUUCUGUUUCCCUAUUAUCAGUGGCAUUAUGAGAGGUCAAGGGCAGGCCCCCCUACGGCCCCCUCGCGGUGCCCGUACAGUCUAUCCAUUUGCCCUUGUUCUCUCGCCGACUAGGGAGUUAUCCGUGCAAAUACUUGAAGAGGCUAGGAAGUUUUCAUACCAGAGUGGGCGCGUCGUUCUGAAGAAAAAGCGUUUGGGUGGGGUUGGAGAGUGA